CGAAAAUGUUGACAACCAAGUGCCAAUCCCGUCUGUCAGCAUCCACAUGCAUUCUCUCUUCGGAUUAUAAAAUUCCAGUUUUCCACCUUCAAUCCCAGUACAUCAAACGCUACAAGACGCAACCGAUUCCUCCAACCUCCCGUCUCUCUCUCCCUCUCUCUAGAGCCAACUGAAUAUUUUUAACUCGGAUUCAAUCUCGAUCAUCACCGUCUUGUUCUUCUUCCUCUGCUCCUUCCUGUUAUUCAUUCCUCCAGUUUACUUGCAGAAGGGGGACCCAAAUUCUUGAUCCAUGGCGUCUUUCAGCUUUACGCAGAUCAAAGGCAACACCCCAGUUGCUGAGUUUUCCAGAAGGACUCGUCCUGAGUUGGGUUUGAUUCGGCCUAGCCGAGUUGGGUUCAGGGUGUUGGCCUCUGAGAGCAAGGCGGAGCCUGAUCUUAGUGUUACUGUUAAUGGGUUGCACAUGCCCAACCCGUUCGUUAUCGGGUCGGGUCCGCCCGGGACUAACUAUACGGUGAUGAAGAGGGCCUUUGAUGAAGGCUGGGGUGCUGUGAUUGCCAAAACUGUAUCACUAGAUGCAGAAAAAGUAAAAAAUGUCACUCCUCGAUAUGCUCGGCUACGAGUAGAUGGAAAUGGCUCUGCCAAAGGGCAAAUUAUUGGGUGGCAGAACAUAGAACUGAUCAGUGAUCGACCUCUUGAAAUUAUGUUGAAAGAAUUUAAGCAACUAAAAGAAGAGUAUCCAGAUAGGAUUCUGAUUGCUUCAAUUAUGGAGGAAUACAACAAAGCUGGCUGGGAGGAACUUAUUGACCGUGUUGAGCAAACUGGAGUUGAUGCCCUUGAAAUCAAUUUUUCUUGCCCUCAUGGUAUGCCAGAGCGCAGGAUGGGUGCUGCGGUUGGUCAAGACUGUGCACUUCUGGAAGAAGUCUGUGGCUGGAUCAAUGCCAAAGCCACAGUUCCUGUUUGGGCAAAGAUGACUCCUAACAUUACUGACAUCACACAGCCAGCUAGAGUGGCUCUGAGCUCAGGAUGUGAGGGCGUGGCGGCUAUUAAUACCAUCAUGAGUGUAAUGGGGAUCAAUCUAACUACCUUACGGCCUGAGCCUUGUGUGGAGGGAUACUCAACUCCUGGGGGCUAUUCGGCUAAAGCAGUUCAUCCGAUUGCAUUGGCAAAGGUGAUGAACAUAGCAAAAUUAAUGAAAUCAGAGUUUGGUGAUACGGAUUACUCGCUUUCUGGAAUUGGGGGUGUUGAGUCAGGUGGCGAUGCUGCUGAGUUCAUUCUUCUUGGAGCAAAUACUGUUCAGGUCUGCACCGGGGUCAUGAUGCACGGAUAUGGUGUUGUGAAGAAACUUUGUUCCGAGCUGAAGGAUUUUAUGAAACAGCACAAUUUCUCAUCCAUUGAAGAUUACAGGGGGGCUUCCCUCGAAUACUUUACAACACAUACAGAUUUAGUAACAAGACAACAGGAAGCAAUCAAACAGAGGAAAGCCAUCCGGAAAGGAUUGCAAUCUGAUAAAGACUGGACAGGAGACGGUUUCGUGAAAGAGACCGAGAGCAUGGUUUCCAACUAAGCUGGACAACCAAACCAAUUGAAAUAAAGUGGGAUGUUGUUUAGAUAUUUGAAGAAAUAAGCUGCACUGCAUGAACAUUUAAGCUGAUAAUGUAUAAACUUCUUCUGAUGCUUUCCAAUUUAAUCAAAGCUAAUUGAACAGAA